CCCACUCCAACAAAACUAUCAUUUUCUUUUUCCUGAAACAAAAAUUUAAAAAUCACGAAUUCUCCUAAAAACUUUUUUAAAUUCUACGAAAAGCAAAAUGAGCAACACAAGGGAGGUCAUAACAUUUCAAUUUGGAAACUAUUCCAAUUAUAUUGGUGCUCAUUGGUGGAAUAUUCAAGAGUCUGGAUUCAAAUACGAUAUUUCUGAUGAAUCCACUUCUCAAAUCGACAAUGAUGUUCUCUUCCGAGAAGGACAAAAUUAUAAAAGACAAACUACGUUCACACCUCGACUACUGCUAGUCGAUCUAGAUGGUUCUUUGAAACAUCUGUCUGAGGAUGGAGAACUUUAUAGAGAAGUCUCAGCUCAACAAAAAACAAAGCCAGUUGAUGAACUCAAACAAAGUCUAGAGUGGAAAGAAUCUGAUAUAGAAGUCAUUGAAUCAGAACCUCUUCCGAAGCAUGAAUUCCAAAUGGAUCUCGAUGAUCCAGAAGUCAACAUCGAAGAAAAAGAAUACAAACUGAGUGAAAGUGUUGAGACAUGGACAGAUUUUUUGUACAGUCGUUAUCAUCCACGAACUAUUAAUAUAAUCAAAGAAUAUCAAUAUUCUCCGACGAAUGAGUCAUUUGACACCUUCUCGAAUGGAGUACGAAUGUGGAAGACUGACCAGUUUAUAGAUGAUUUUUCGGACAAUAUUCGACAGUACAUUGAAGAGUGUGACAAUUGUCAGGGCUUCCAAACAAUCUUCGACUGUCACAAUGGGUAUUCGGGCCUGGCAACUCAGUGUCUUGAAUACCUUAACGAUGAGUACUCUAAGGCCAAUCUGGCAAUACCCGUUUUUAAUCCUAAAAGCAUCCUCUAUCAAAGUUCAGAUGAACCAAUGACGGAUUCUAUUCGCUUAGUCAACAUUGCCUUAACUUAUAGUCAGCUAAUUGAACAAAGCUCAAUGUUUCUACCUCUUUCAACGCAGAGCCGAGUAUGGAGACAACAAGGCGAUCCACGACCUAUUCCACUACUCAACUAUAACGCCGAUAACUUAUACCAGACUUCUUCAAUUUUAGCCUCAUAUCUAGAAACUAUAAGUCUCAGGUAUCGUCUUAAGGAUGCACCUCUUUCGAGCAGUCUCGGAGCCUUUUGCAGUGAUCUCACGAACUACGGACGAAAAUUAAAUGCAGCUGCCAUGGCCUUACCAUUUCAAAUGCGAGACGAUGUCGAUCUCAUUGACUGCCUGGACAAAUUUGAGGGAGAUCUUUUAACGCAAAUAUCUCCCAAUUGUAAAAUUGGAACCAAUUACGUAGUCCAAUCACUUUGUGUCCGCGGAAUCCCAAAAUCCCGACUCAAACGUCCAAUGCAACAAGCUCAACAACAAAUGAAAAUGGCUGCCUAUCGCUGUGAUUCCGUCUCUCAGAUGUUCCAACUUUAUUUGCAGUGUCAAAAUCAUUCAAGCAUGGCACAUGUGUCAGCUCUUGAGGACCCAAUGCCCGUAGCAACACCUUUUCCUCGUGAAAUGUUCGAUACAUGCUUAAAUAGUAAGGGAUUUAUGUCGGCAAGUGAACGUGACCCGGAGAAAAAGGUUAUGUCAGUUCCGACGAUAGCUUCGGUCCAGUGUUCAGGGGAUAUUGCUGAUACAUUGGAGACACUCCAUCGGGAAGCGAAAAGAGUUAAAAUAACUAAGCUGCAUAGAUUCCUAAAUGCGGGACUCGAACAAGAUGACUAUGGGGAGGCGUUGGAGAGUUUGUUGUUGUUCAAGGACAACUACGAAGAUAACUAUGAGCUGUGAAAAUUUUUUAAACAAAUAAAGUUGAUUUUU